GAACAGCUUUGUUGUUGGUAGUAGAAAAUUCUAAUUGUAAUAAAAAUCAACAAGAAAAUAUAUUAAACCCAAUAAAUUCUAGGUCGAAUAAUAAUAAUACAGAAGAUUUUGAAGAUAAUGAAGAAGGAGAACCCUGA